AGAUGGCAGCAAUCUCUUUGAGACGAUUGUCCAAUCUCCGUUUUAUUUCUAGCACUUCCUUAUUCACCAGGGAUUCUCGACUUCCAUUACCCACCCUAGUUUUUCUCAGCACAACCCUCUCAUAUUUCAAUGUCAUUUAUCAGUGGUGGAGGAUGGGCCGGAGGCAACGUAAGCAACUCCCCAGAGACUCUCAUCCAGCAGCCUCUGCUCAGGCCCAGCCUACUCUCCAGUUGCCACCACAGCCUGGAGGCGCCUGCCUCCGCCCUCCCGAAUGGUGCUCCUCCUCGCAGGCCUCGGCCCAGGAUCCAGGCCCCCUUUGCCUCCUGCCUCGGAGCUGUUGCUCCGGGUCUCUUCUGGUGGACUCCCCGUGACGGGGAGGGAAGGACUUUUGCACAUACAAGGCUAUAGCUCUUGGGACCCCACCGGCAACUUGAAUCUCGGCCUCUAACCCAGUGUGAGGUUCUUCCUGUGCCCUCUUUUUCCACCCUUUGAGAAGAGAAACCCUUCUUCUUGCCACCCAGAGCCCAGGAAGCCCCAAGCUGGGGCCCUGGUCCCAGCAUGUCAGUCCUCUUUUUUGUAUAGGGCUGUGCCCUCUCCCCAUCAGCAUGGCUGAACUCAGGCAGGUUCCAGGGGGACGGGAGACCCCACAGGGGGAGCUUCGGCCUGAGGUUGUAGAGGAUGAAGUCCCACGGAGCCCAGUUGCAGAGGAGCCUGGAGGAGGUGGAAGCAACAGCAGUGAAGCCAAAUUGUCCCCAAGAGAAGAAGAAGAACUGGAUCCUAGAAUACAGGAGGAGCUGGAGCAUCUGAACCAGGCCAGUGAGGAGAUCAACCAGGUGGAGCUGCAGCUGGAUGAAGCCAGGACCACCUACCGGAGGAUCCUGCAGGAGUCAGCAAGGAAGCUCAACACGCAGGGCUCCCACUUGGGGAGCUGCAUCGAGAAGGCCCGGCCCUACUAUGAGGCUCGGCGGCUGGCUAAGGAGGCCCAGCAGGAGACACAGAAGGCAGCACUGCGGUAUGAGCGGGCUGUGAGCAUGCACAACGCUGCCCGGGAGAUGGUGUUUGUGGCUGAGCAGGGCGUCAUGGCUGACAAGAACCGGCUGGACCCCACGUGGCAGGAGAUGCUCAACCACGCCACCUGCAAGGUGAAUGAGGCCGAGGAGGAGCGGCUUCGUGGUGAGCGGGAACACCAGCGGGUGACGCGGCUGUGCCAGCAGGCUGAGGCUCGGGUUCAGGCCCUGCAGAAGACCCUCCGGCGGGCCAUUGGCAAGAGCCGCCCCUACUUCGAGCUCAAGGCCCAGUUCAGCCAGAUCCUGGAGGAGCACAAGGCCAAGGUGACAGAGCUGGAGCAGCAGGUAGCCCAGGCCAAGACCCGCUACUCAGUCGCCCUGCGCAACCUGGAGCAGAUCAGCGAGCAGAUUCAUGCGCGGCGCCGGGGCCAGCUCCCUCACCCCGCGGGCCAGCUGCGCUCUUCCCCAGUGGGGGCCGAGGCCGGGCCUGAUGGUGGCGAGGAUGGGGACAGCGGGAUCAUCGAGGGGGCCGAGGGCGGGGGGCUGGAGGAGGGUGUCAGCCUGGGGCCUGGCCCUGCCCCCGACACGGACACGCUGAGCCUGCUGAGCCUGCGCACUGUGGCUUCAGACCUGCAGAAGUGCGACUCCGUGGAGCACCUGCGGGGCCUCUCGGACCACGCCAGUCUGGAUGGCCAGGAGCUGGGUCCCCGGAGUGGGGGUCGUAACGGCCGCCACCAGCGCAGUAUCAGCCUGUAGCCCUGUGCUCAGGGUGGCUGGUGCAGUCUUAACCACCACUGGCCCAUGGAGGGCCCUGCAGGCUCCUAGCUCCCUCUCCUCGGGCCCUCGCUUCCCCCAGAGAGGUCAGGUUGGCUGUGUCUUGAGUCUGUCCUGUCUUCCUCACCCUGCCCUGCCCCCGACAGGUGGCAGCUCUCUUUGCCUUACCCUUUCAGAAGGCUUGUCUUUGGCUCUCACAUCUCCCUUCCGCCUGCUGGCCCCUCACAGUCUGAUACUGUUUGCUGCCCUCUUUUUGACUUCUUCCAUCUGUCUGGUUUUUCCCCUCAGGGAAAUUUGUCUAGAAGGCACAGGGACACCAUCAGAGAAGGUGGGUGCUGGACCUGGGUCCUGGCAUCUUGGCCCCCCCAAGCUUGAGUGAAUGGACGGGUGCCCCUCCCACCUACCCAUCUCCCGAGUGGUCCCGAGUGGCAGGGAUGCUGCCGAGCCCUCCUAGCAGCCCAGCGCCCCAGUCCUCUGUCCCAGCCUGCCUGUGUGUAACAUGUAAGAUGCACUGUGGGACUGUGUGACUCUGGAAGACACCACCCAUCCCUUUAGUGCUCCCUCCUCAUGACCUAAGCCACAAGCAGGACUUGAGGGAUACUGGUGUCAGGGAAGGUGAAACCCAAUCUCAUCAUUGAUAAAGGGGGCACCACCAACUCCAAACAGACUCCCGUGUGUGUGGUGUUUCCCCAGCUUGGCUGGGUCCUUAACAUUGCCAAGGUGCUAGUGAGUCCAUGUUGGGGGAUGGAGAUGUAGUGAGGUCCUGAUGGCUGAAGGCCUUGCCAUUCCUGCUGUGGAGUUAGGUUAAUUUACUUUUUCUGGGUAGAGGAUGCUGAACCAAAUCUCAGCAUCCUCCUGCAGGGUAGAGUUGGGGAACUUGGUGCUCAAUUGCUCUCCCUCGCUCUUCCCCAAACCAAACAGUACCUAGUCCAUGAUCCCUUGGGGGGGUGCUCAGGUUUGGCUGCAGAGCCUCCACUGAUAUGGGGAAGGUUUGGCCUGGGGUGAGGGAACCCGCCCUCCAUAGGGAGCUGCUUCAGGUGUCUGGUGGUACUCCUGUGCUGCGUGGGGCGGGGGAAAGGUAGGGAAGCCACACUGGAUCUAGGUGCCUUGGGAGCACCAAUCCUCCUGUCCCACCCCAGGAGGGCUGAGAGCUGGACUCUGGACAGGAGAACUUGUGCCUAGGCCUGUGUGCUGCUGCCGUUGACUGGGGGAGGAGCAGGCCUUCGAAUAGAAGGUGUCUCCCUGUCCCAGGGUUGAGGCAGUUUGGUCAUGAUGAGAACUGCCAGGUUUGAGGUGGCCAUGGGGGGAGGGAAGAAGGGGGAGGACGUGGGCGUGCGUGCGUGCAUGCAUGUGCCUGUGUGUAUGGGGGAAAAGGGUCUGCCCCUGAUUUUAUUUAAAUAAAAUAGUUUAUGUAACAGUAAUGUUUAUUGUCCCUUUCAGGGAGGGAAGAGGAGAAAGGGGUGAGGAUGGAGAGUGGGAAGGAACAGGGUGAAGUGGGAUGCUCUUUUGAUGGGGUAGUCAGAGGUCUCUUGGGAGGUGAAGGUUGAGAUGGAUCAAACCCAGGCAAUGAGAGGAGGGAAGGCUUAUGGCCACAGGGCUGGGGUGAACGCGCACCAAGUCGGUGGUGCCCUGCAACCCCCUACCCUUCCAGCUUACCCGCCAAGGAGGGCUCUGCAGGGUGGAGUGGGUGUUGUCAGCCACUGGUGGUGCAGACAAGAUGAUGGUGCCAAUCCUGGAUGUGAGCAUGAAGAAAGGGGAGGGACAAGUAGCGUUGUGGGAUUUAGCAAAUAUACAGGAUGCCCAGCUAAACUUGAAUUUCAGAAAAACGGUUUUUGGCCCCUGCAGUGUUAAGGACAUACUUAGAUACUAAGUUGUUUGUCAUCUAUCUGAAAUUAAAAUUUAACAUAGAUAAAAGGUGACUCCCAAGUCAGGGCUUGACCUGUUGGUGGAUCAGGAGGGGUUUGAAUACAUUUGGACCCACUGCCUGUGAAACAUCUGGUGGAAUCAGGUUGGGGAAGAGAUGAGAACUUCAGGAGCUGAGGAAGUGGAGAGUGAAGGCUCUCGACGCCAAAAUACUUCCUUUAUCACUGGAAAAGCUGCUGUGACUGUAUGUGUGGUCUGUGUCCUUGGGCAAGUGGGCUUUCUGAGAUGAUUCCCCAGGGUCAUACUUCCCUACCCAGUCUGUGGCAGUGUGGAACCUGUAAGGCUCCUGGUGCAAAGGAACCCUAGAAAAGAAGGGCAGGCUGUGCCCACCCAAUUUCUCCAUGCAGAAUCACCUACCAGAAAAGGCAAUAGUGGAGAGAGAACAUGAGGGUUGGCGCUAAUGGCUAACCAUGGCAAAUGUGCCCCCUAGCCCUAUCGUAACAAUAGUGGAUUGCACUCACCCAGUGUAUCUCACAUGCCAGGCAUAUGCAUCGAUCCAUUUAGUACCCAUAACAAUAUUAUGGGGUAGGUAGCACCACAGUUGCUUUUUUCCAGGUAAGAAUACAGGCAUAGUAGGGGUGCCCAUUCUGCUCUUAGCCUUGUAGGAGGUAAUGGAGGCAGUUGGACUCUAGAGUCUAAACUCUUCAGCCCUUGAGUGAAGCCCCUCACAGGAGCUAGAGGUGAGAAAGUAGAGGGAGUGUGUGUAGUCAGCUCUUAGGAAGUUUUACUGGGAAGGGGAGCUGAGAAAUAACAGGAUGGUCAAGGAAUUUUAAAGUAAGCAAGAGAUGGUCAAGUUAUGGGGGAUGUGGAGUCUCUUCUCCCCAUGUCAUAUGUCCUAGUGGUAAUGACUUCUUUUGAGCUAUGUCCCCCUCAAGUGAGCAGCUGGGCCUCAGUCUCCCUGGCACCCAGCUCACGCCCAGCACCUAAUAGAUGCUCAGAAAACGCUUUUGCAUCUCCCUUCUCCCUGCGCCGAUCCAAAUCUAUACCAGAUUAUAGGUUGUCCCUGACCUAUGAUAGUUUGACUUGAUGUUUUGACUUUACAAUGAUGAGAAAGCAGUACACAUUCAGUAGAAACCGUACUUCACAUUUUGAAUUUUGAUCUUUUCCUUGGCUAGUGAUAUGAGGUACAAUACUCAUGAUGCUGAGCAGCGACAGCAAGCUGUAGCUCCCAGUCAGCCACACGAUCAUGAGGGUAAACGACUGAUGCACUUAGGACCAUUCUAUACUCAUACAGCCAUUCUGUUUUUCAGUUUUCAGUACAGUAUUCAAUAAACUAUGAGAUAUUCAACACUUUAUUAUAAAACAAGC